AAGCUGGUGCUUGUAGGCCGUCCGUUUCUGCCUACUGCGAACCUAAGGAUAGUGUGUUGGUUCUGAUGUUGGCAUUUGUUUGAACAAUUCAAUCGUUUACUUAACCUAUAUGAAACAAAAACAACGGAAGUGGUGAACCCUUCCAGUUUGUCCAUCGUUGUUUAACUACUUGGCUAUUUCACUUCAGGUGCAAAUAGCAGUGAAAUAUUGUAGCAUAUAUGUGCUAAGUUUAAUUGAAUUUUUAAAGUGCAUACAUUUUAUGUGAAUAAGUAGUUGCCCAUAUAGGCGGAUUGUAUUGUAUCCAGAAAUGUCGACAUUAAUCGACUUGACGUGUGAAGGCACUGUUCUAGUCCAUUCUGAUAUGGACGCAAUGGAAUCAACCUGCAAUGAGCUGCAUGUCUGUAAUUCACAUAAAGGAGGCCUAUCAGACAUUUCUACGAUAUCUUCAAUUGUUUCUACUCAGAGUGAGACCACAAGCAAUUCUGGGCAACAUCAGUUGAAGGUCUACCUAAGGGUCAGGCCAUUUUCCAAAGAAGAAAUGUCUAGCAAUGAAGACCAGGGCUGUGUCAUUUUCGAAAGUACUCAGACUGUCUUGCUGCAGGCUCCAAGGGGAUCAGCAACUUUAAAGAGCAGUGAAAGGGGAAUUGGACAGGCUAUGCAUAAAUUCUCUUUUUCUCAGAUCUUUGGACCUGAAGUUGAUCAAGCAAAUUUUUUUGAUGGCACCAUAAAAAGUCAAGUGCAUGACUAUCUGGAAGGGAAGAAUGCUCUGAUCUUCACUUAUGGGGUGACGAAUGCUGGCAAAACUCACACGAUACAAGGAUCUCACAAAGACCCUGGACUUUUACCUCGUGCUCUUGAUGUGAUCUUCAGUCACAUUAAAGGGAAGCUAUACGACCAAAUGAACUUAAAGCCAUAUCUCAGCAGUGACGUACAGUUUCUAGAUCCUAGUCAUGUCAAAUUGGAGAAAAAUGAGAAAGCUGCACUAUUUGCAUUGCUGAAGGAGGAAGAUGAUCAGCGUUCAAAAGCAGAUGGAAGUUUGGCCAAUACGUCAUCCUCUUCGGCAUCCAGUUUGUCAUUUUCAUCCAUUUCUUAUGACCAAACGGUUGACUCUACUGAUGCAGCUUCUGAAAAGUUCUCCAUGUGGGUCUCCUUCUAUGAAGUCUACAAUGAGGCUGUGUAUGACCUGCUGCAGCCUGUCCCAUCUGCCAAGAACAAGAAACGCAGUGCGCUGAGAGUCUGUGAAGACAAAACGGGCAAUUCUUAUGUCAGAGAUUUAAAGUGCAUCAAUGUCCAAAACUCAGAAGAAGCUUGCAGAAUUCUGAAAAUUGGGAAUAAACACAGAAGUGCUGCUUCCACAAAGUUGAACCAGUCCUCGAGUAGAAGCCACAGUAUAUUUACCAUCAAACUCUUGAAAAUUGAUGGCUCUCAAGUUCAGAGGAUAUCAGAGCUCUCUCUCUGUGACUUGGCUGGUUCUGAAAGAUGCAAUAAGACCAAGACUUUUGGCGAGCGCUUGAAAGAAGCAGGAAACAUCAACAAUUCCCUGCUAAUUCUGGGAAAGUGUAUCGCAGCACUACGUCACCACCACAGUGAUCGAAUGAAGAACAACUACAUUCCCUUUCGUGAGAGCAAACUUACCCGGCUCUUUCAGUCUGUGUUCUGUGGGAAGGGCAGAGCCUGUAUGAUCGUAAACAUAAACCAGUGUGCCUCUACCUAUGAUGAAACUCUGCAUGUCAUGAAAUUUUCAGCUGUUGCCAAGCAGGUGGUCCAGAUCAUUCCUACAAAACCUUUGGAGCAUCUGGCACCCAGACUGGUGGGAAGGGAUGGAAAGCCUCUGGUGAAGAAUGGCAUCAUCGAUGGGGAAGCUCUGGAGUGUUACCUCUCCGAGGAGGAGUUGCUGGAUGAGGACGAUGAAGCCGAAAUGUCCAUCCUGCCUCAGGAGGACCUUCUGAAUGUUAUCGAUAAUCUGAAAGAGAAGCUGUUGGCAGAGAGGCGCAGAAACCUGGUCCAGGAGAUCGAGAUCCGUAAGGAGAUGGGUGACGCCAUGCUGCAACAGCUGAUGGAGAGCGAGGAACUGAGGAGCCGGCAGAUGGCUGAACUAAAGGAAAGCUAUGAGGAGAAGCUGGAGAACACCUUUGAGCUGUACAAGGAUGCCCUCAAAGACCAUGCCUACCAGUGUGCCCUGGAGCGGAUCGAGGACGAGUACGUGCAUGCGGAUGAGUUUUUUGCCGAACAGCAGAAAACUGAGGAACUGAAGAGAAAGCUGGUGGAGGCAGAGCACGGGCUGCAGAGUUCUGCACCACACCCGGCCGUGGUUACCAUGGAGAGUGCCUCUCAGUGCUCCCCAGAGCCGGUUCAGGAGACUGCUGCAGAUUUCGAGAGAUACCAGAUACUCUAUGAUGCUAAAUGUGCUGCUGAAAAUCUCUGUAAAAAGAAAGAGGAGAUUAUUAAUUCCUUGGAAAAUAAGAUCGAGGAGCUGUCUGAAACCCUUCAGGAAGCCGGGGAGAGCUUUAUGGAAAAAUCGGCUGAAAUCGAAGCACUACAAAAGAGCCUUGCUGGCCAGGGCCUUGAAAUCAAUAGACUGCAGAGGGACUUGGCUGAAAAGGAUACUUUAGUUGCAUCUCUGACAGAAGAACUUGCAAAGCUUUCAAAGGGGCAGACCAACCAAUCUAAACCCCGAAGGGGUCUGCUAGCAAACAUUAAGGAGUCGGUCACAUCUCCCAGAAGGGGACCCCUCAGUAGGACCCUAAGGAAGUCUGUAAGAGCUGCUUCCUCUUCGAGUGCCAAGAAAAUGCCAUUCCAUUAAAUUUUAACCUUUAUUCUUUUUUUUUUUUUACAAUUAA